AUGAUGUUGUUCCCAAUGCGCCAAUCAAUGGUGCCCCUCAUCAGCUCUUCCACUCCACGAACUUUCUCGACGUCUUCUGCCUUUCUCCGUCGAGUCGCGAAUCCUACGAUACCAAGUACCUCCAUUAAGAUCUUUCGGGAUAUACCUGCUCUACGCCAAUGGCGUCGCAAACAACUUAUCGAUUAUCGAACGGUUGGUCUUGUGCCAACUAUGGGAGCUCUCCAUGAGGGUCACUUAUCACUUAUUCGUCUUGCCGCUACAGAAAAUUCAAAUGUGAUAGUCAGUGUUUAUGUCAAUCCGACCCAAUUCGGCGUCCACGAAGAUCUUGAUAGCUAUCCGAAGACGUGGGAAGAGGAUUGUAAGAUGUUGAAGGAUCUUGAUAUGGAAUUGGCCGACAAUGGGAAUAUGGGCAAGAUCGCGGCUGUGUUUGCGCCUACAACAGAAACAUUAUAUCCGAGCGGACCGCCAAGUCAAGAAGUCGAAGCAAAGGGGAGCUUUGUCACAAUAACACCGGUUGGAGAGCUACUUGAGGGGUCAAGUCGGCCAAUAUUCUUCAGAGGAGUGGCUACCGUUUGCAUGAAGUUAUUCAACAUCGUUACGCCAGAAAACGUAUAUUUUGGACAAAAGGAUGUACAGCAAACCGUGGUUAUAAAGAAGAUGGUUAAGGAUUUCUGUAUGGAUACAAAAGUUAUCAUCGGAGAUACCCAACGAGAGCACGAUGGCCUGGCAUUGAGCUCAAGAAACGUUUAUUUGGGAACGAGGAGAAGAAAUGUAGCUACAGCACUGUCCAAAGUACUCACAGUUGCUGAGCAGGGAUACAAAUUCGGGCAUCGAUCAAGAGAUGAGCUCUUGGGACCUGCAUUAGAAAUGGCGAAAUUGUUGUUAAUGGAACAACAUCAAUUGAAGCCCGAAGAACGAGUAAGAUUCGAACUGGAUUAUAUUUCAUUGGCAAAUCCUGAGACCAUGGAGGAAGUCGAGGAGGUCGACGAAAUGAAAGGCGCAAUCUUGAGUGGUGCGAUAAAGAUGCUCCCAGUAGAAGCACCACAAGAAGGAGAGGAUCUUGGUUUGUCUGGUGGGCCUACUAUCAGGUUGAUAGACAACAUCAUAUUGAAGCCUGUAAAACUAUGA